GCGGCGGCUGUGUGAGAGGGCUUGGGGGCGGCGCGGGGAGCCGCUGCUCGCCGGGGUUUGAAGGUGAACUCCUACCGCGCUGCGGCCGGGCCCAGCGGCCCGACCCGACCCCGCAGGGCUGGCUGAGGGAGGGGGCUCCGGCGGCGGCAGCAGGACACGGCGGGGGCUCCCUGCGCCGCUUCCCGGGAGACCACCGUCCCGGCCCGGCCUGUUGACGUGCAGGGGACGUGUUGCGUCAUACUGCCCAGCGGUCACGGACAGAGCUUUAUUUUGCCCCACGUUCGUAAACGUCCCUUGGCGGCCCCUGGUCCCGAGGAGGCCGAGUAAGGGCUCCCGUGCCAGGCAGGAUGGCCUCGGUCUGCCUCCCCAGGUCAUCCCCUGGGGGCCCGGGUCUGGGCCCUUCCCGAGGCCGCGGCUCCAGGGCCAUCCCUGAGCUCUUCAGGCAGCCGACACCUCAACAGCCUCUGCUCUGCCGGCUUGUUCUAGAUGCCAGCCCGGCUGCAGAGCAGGUUGUUCCAGGGUUUUAAGGUUCUGGGUUGAGUGUUGCUCAGCCGGGGCUAUUGCUGCAUGGUAGUCACCCUCUGGUACCGCUUUUAGGAAAGGGCAGCUGUGAGGAUUGCAAGAAUCACCUGCAUGGAGGAUUUUUUUUUAGAAUAAAUUCUAGUUGAUGUAAUAUUUGUGUACAUGACAAUGACUUAAGUAGAGCAGGCCUGGGCAUUUAUUCAGAAAUAUUACUACAGCCUGUUAUGUCAUGAGAAACUUACUUUUACUGCAAAACUCUUUUAGAUUCCUUUUUAAAUUUAUUUUUCACAUCCACUGCAACUUGUGGUAGGCACCCUUUCUCUUAUCCAUAUUUAAAAUGUAGACCCUUGCUUUCAAGGCCAAGAAUAAGAAUAUCUCUUCUGGGGGCUUCCUCAGUUGGUCCCAGCUUUAUUUACUUGUGGCUCUGCUGGGGGAGCACAGGUAGAACAACUGCUUUCUGAGUCUUAUAGCUCAGUCAUGUGUCACCUGUCCUCAUCUAAAUUAGAAAGGGAACAGGUCUGUGGGUAUCCACGGCAAAACAGCAGCUGGGUCUGUGGGGAGGAGAGUCCUGGGUGUGUAGUCCUGCUGCUGCCGGUGCAUGUUAGGUAGCCUGCCCUACCCCGUAUACCAAGCACCAUUGAAUUAAAGCAGUUGUGUUCUGCCGUAGCCUUCUAAUGGGAUCAGUGAGGGCACCAUUGAGGCCUUAAGUCUUAAAUUGUACAGAGAAUAAAUCUAAAUUUAAGACAAAGCAUGGCCUAUUUUAUAGUAAGGAUUAUGUGAUGUGAUGGCUGCGGUGGCGGAAGAUAACUUGGCUCAGCAGGUCACUUCUCAUCCAGUCUUCUGAAUGUAUUAACUCACAUACUUUGCUUAAGCCUCCCUGAAUUAAUUUGGAAUCAAAGAUCCUGCCUUUUCCAUUUUAAUUGCAAGCGAAAGGAGGCGUUCAAUUAAGUGAAAAGGUGACAUUUGCAUAGCUAGGGUUUCCUUCUAGGCAAAAAGAUGUAACGUGAUUGUGAAACUUGUUUGGAAAGUCACUGAGGCCAAAAAAAGAGUCCUGGAUAGUCUGGUCUGUCCUUCAUAAAAUGUAUGUUAAAUGUCAACAGUUUUCCAGAGACACAUUAACACGGAGUGAGAAGAUUUCAGCUGUGAAAUGGUAAUUGGGACAGCCAGUGCUUACUCCUUUUAAACACCACCAGCCUGUAAAACGUUAGUCUGUUCUGUCAUGAGGUGUGUGUUUGUCCUGGUUACAGCAGGGAUAGAGUUAAUUCUCUUCCUAGCAGCUGCUAUAGUGCUGUGUUUUGGAUUUAGGAGGAGAAUAAUGUUGAUAACACACUGAUGGUUUUAGUUGUUGCCAAGCAGUCAAGGACUUUUCAGCUUCUCAUACUGCCCUGCCAAGGAGAAGGCUGGGGACGCGCAAGGAGGGGACACGGCCAGGACAGCUGACCCAAACUGGCCAAAGGGAUAUUCCAUACCAUAUGAUGUCAUGCUCCGUAUAUAAUGGGUGGGCUGAGAGGUGUGUCAGCUCGGGGGUCUUGCGCAGCAUUGACUUUGGAGUGAUGGCAUUUGUCUUCCCAAGUAACUGUUAUGCAUGAUGGAGCCCUGCUUUCCUGGAGAUGGCUGAACACCUGCCUGCCCAUGGGAAGUAGGGAAUGAAUUCCUUGUUUUGCUUGUGCGUGUAGACUGGGAGGCUGUGCAGCUGGGGGUCAUGCAUAGCAUCGACUUCAGGUGAUAAGAAAUUGUGCUAUUCAUCACUUGUUUUGUAUAUGUUAUUAUUAUUUUCCUUUUUGUGUUUGUUCUAUUAAACUGUUUUUAUCUCAACCCACGAGUUUUCUCACUUCUACUCUUCCAAUUUGUUCCCCAUCCCAUCACAGGGGAGUGAGCGAGCGGCUGCAUGGUGCAUAGUUGCCAGCCGGGACUAAACCACAACAGUGUUAAACUUGAAAUCCUGACUCAGAGUUUCAAAAGUCAUAAAAUGAGAUGUAUUUGAGGGCGGAGGAGGGCAAGAAGUGGAGGAGGAAGGAUUACCAUGAGCCCGCCUCCUGCAGACUUCUUAUCCUGCCCCCUGAUCCACAGAGCAGGUGGAAAACUGCUGUUCCUGUCUGACCCGGAGCCACGAGGCCUCUGCUCCUUCCCCGGGACAGGAGUACCUGGGCCGGCCUUGUUACUGCACGGGCUGGCUGGGCUGGACUUGUCUCUGAUUUGGUGACUGAGUCAAACUUCCAAGUUUAACAUCCCUGUGACAUUGGUUUCUGUUACCCCCACUCUGUUACCCCACAUCGCAUCUGCUGUAAGGGGGGGCCUCGCCACUGCAGGAGCAGAGAGGGGGUCAUAGAGGACAAACCAAAUACUGCAGAUACUAAAGCAGUGCGGUAGAACUGACAUCUCUUUUCUGAUACGACCAAAUUGGCUGUUGUUGCUAACUAGUCAGAAAACAUGCUUUUUGAGAAAUAGUUAAGAGAAAUGGAAAUUGGAAACUGUAUCUGCUGCCGCACCUUAACUGCUUUUAUAGGAACUGCUGCGGUUAUAAUCGAGGGAUGUGACUACCCAAGACCUUUAGCUACUUACAGUGAUGAUGUGCAGAAAGCUGCAAUCACAGCACCAUGGUAAGAGGCUCCUGCUCUUGAGGUAACCACGGGGAACAAAUUCUAUUCUUUGUUUCUUGGCUAACUCUGGAGUGAGGAAGGCAGAAGCUGCAGCUGGUGUAUUUUGCUUCAUUGUAUUUGAGGGACCAGACUUGUUCCUUUUGUGAAUUUGUGACUCUGUGCAGUGUUGCUUGGUAAAUCGUGCUGGCUGCUCUUGUCUUCCUAGAGCCCAUCAGAGACAAGCUCUUUGGUUCAGCAGAGGACAAGUUUGUGCUGAUGUCCCCUGGCAGAGAGUAGUACCGCUCAGAGAGACUUAAACCAGUAGAAAGGAGACAUCGGUAUAUGUCACAAGGAAAACAUGCAGAAGCAAGAGAACUAAUGUAUUCAGGGGCUUUGCUGUUCUUCAGUCAUAACCAGCAAAAUAGUGCUGCUGAUCUGUCCAUGCUGGUUUUGGAGUCUUUGGAGAAAUCGGAUGCAAAAGUAGCAGAUGACCUUCUAGAAAACUUGGCUAAAUUGUUUAGUUUAAUGGAUCCAAAUUCUCCUGAAAGAGUGGCUUUUGUAUCCAGAGCACUAAAAUGGUCUAGCGGGGGAUCAGGAAAGCUUGGACAUCCAAAACUACACCAGUUACUAGCAAUUACCCUGUGGAAAGAGCAAAACUAUAGUGAAUCUCGGUAUCACUUCUUGCACUCCACAGAUGGCGAGGGAUGUGCAAAUAUGCUAGUAGAAUACUCCUCGUCCAGAGGAUAUCGCAGUGAGGUGGACAUGUUUGUAGCACAGGCAGUACUACAAUUUCUCUGCUUAAAAAAUAAGACCAGCGCAUCAGUUGUUUUUACAACAUACACACAGAAACAUCCUUCCAUAGAAAAGGGUCCGCCCUUUGUUCAACCACUGCUAAACUUCAUCUGGUUUCUGUUGUUGGCGGUUGAUGGUGGAAAACUAACAGUAUUUACAGUAUUGUGUGAACAGUAUCAACCUUCACUGAAAAGAGAUCCCAUGUAUAAUGAGUACCUAGAUAGAAUAGGACAGCUUUUCUUUGGUGUCCCGCCCAAGCAGACGUCGUCCUAUGGAGGAUUACUAGGAAAUCUUUUAAACAGCCUGAUGGGAACUGGAGAAGACGACGACGCAGAAGAUGGGCAGGAAGACAGCAGUCCUAUCGAGCUCGACUGAAUGUUGUUGUCAUUGGGUGCGGUGUAAAUCUGAUGAUUCGAUGACUCCAAAGACAGUUUUGGAAUUUGAAUCCUGCAGUUGUUUCUUGGCGCCUAAAAGGGCUCCUCCGGUCUUUUAGAAAUGGUUGCUGAAAUGUUUAUAAUGUUUGGUCUAUAUUAUUUAUGUAAAAAAAAAAAAAAAAAGAAAGAAACCAACAAAAAGUAGCCAAACGAACCAAUCGGAGCAAUUGUUAGCAGGUUUCCGAUACAGCGGCUGGUGACUGAUUAAAAUAUAGUCUUCUACGGUUUCUGAUGCAGUAUUCCCUUUUGCACAGUAAUUCAGUAAAGCAUAAAUAUGGGUCUGUACUUCAGGGUCUACCAGUACCGGCUUUGUUACGAGAAAGCCUCCUCGACCUCUGCCAUCUCCAAGGAAGAUCUCGAAAGGCAGGGUGAGCGAUUAAAUCAUUUAUUUGCGAGGCUGGUGCCAAAAGUACUGCGAGACGAGCCAAGCAGCAUAAUUUGAGAUGCACAUCCGAGAGACAUUGAUACCGAGAACUCGCUUCCACGGCCGUGAGUAUCGGGCUCACCGGUUAUACUGCCUUUCACCCUCCUUAACGUCUGGCUCUGGCCGAGCCCACGCCUGUGUUUAGCCGAUACUUCCUGAAAAGCACAAGAUUGAAUUGCUCUCGAGUAAAAGCCAAUCAGUGGAACGUAGGUAAUUGGCUUCCAUGUGGAUCUCUGUUGCCUAGGCAUAGAAAUUUGGCUCGUGGCUCUACUCCUUUGGAACAGAUUCUUUCUCAGUGUAAGUUCACAACCAUACGUAAAGGUGAUGGCCUUAUAGCAAAUGAAAUGAUUUGCCGCGAGCAACGUAUGUGUUUGAACUGCAGCUGUAUGUAAAGAAAAGGGAUACUGCAGAACUUUAGGUUCUUUAUGAUAUAUUUAUUUUUCUUGGGUGAUUGAUUCAUUUAACACUUUCUGUAAAAAAAGAAUAAAUCAAUAAAUAAUGGAGUAACUUCAACCCCAGUGGUAGGCAUAGCCGUUCUACAUCUCCUCCUCUUCAACGCAGCACAGCGGAUGGCAGUGGUACAGUGAACAGAUGAACUGGUGGGGAAACGCUUUAUUUUUUCACGAUGAAAAUAAAAAGGCUUAGAUUAAUAAACAGCAAUCAUGCAUGGGGGAGGGAGGGAUUAAUACAAAUUUAUUGACUGUAUGAAAAAGAAAAGGCAUUGAAAGGAAGACUUUGUGUUAAUUGUGAAGUCUCAAAUAAACACUUUAUACCAGGA